AUGAACGGUCGCCCGACUCUCACAAACUGUAAUGCUGGGGCGUCUGUGCCAGAUACAGAAGCAAACGGCCCUAAUGGACAGAGCAUCGCUGAGUGGAGACGCAAGCGUGGCAUUGAUCUGUCGCAGCAGAUCCGUACCGUCAGACUGGUACACAUGCGAUACCAGCAUCCCGACCUAAAGAGCAUCAGCACGUUUCUUCACGACUUUGGCAUGCGUGCUGUAAAGGAGACCGAAGACUGUGUGUGGUUCCGGGGAUAUGGGGUCGACCAGUACGUCUACUAUGCACAGAAAGGACCCAAGAAGUUCCUCGGCGGGACAUUCGAGGUGGAGACAUACAAUGAUCUGGUCAAGGCCUCAAAGCUAGAAGGAGCUGGCCCAAUCCAGUCUCUCGAUGACGCCCCUGGUGGUGGCGCUAUGGUUACCGCCUACGACCCAGAAGGGGUUCCGAUCAAUUUUAUCCAUGGCCAGGAGCCAGCAAAAGCAGGCAAGAUGCCUGAGAGGCUCAUCGUCAAUUUCGAGGCCGACAAGCCACGCAGAAGAAGGUUUCAGCGCUUUGAUGAGGGGCCAGCUGCGGUACAUAAGCUUGGUCACUACGGCCUCUGCGUACGAAACUUUACCGAGCAGCUCGACUGGUAUACUCGUAACUUCAAUUUUGUACCCACCGACCUGCUCUAUGUCCGAGGUGAUAACAGCGCCGACCAGGACGUCGCUGUAUUCGCCCACAUUGAUAGAGGCAACGACUAUGUAGAUCAUCAUACCAUCUUCCUGAGCAAAGGCCAGACAUCGCACGUUCAUCAUUGCUCAUUUGAGAUUCACGAUUUCGAUACGCAGCAGCUGGGUCAUCAAUGGCUUGCCGGGAAGGGAUACAAAAAUGUGUGGGGCGUCGGUCGCCAUAUCUUGGGAAGCCAGAUCUUUGACUACUGGUGGGACACAACGGGCAACAUGAUUGAGCACUAUGCAGAUGGGGAUUUAGUUAACCAAGAUACGCCCAUUGGACAUCUGCCCGCGGGCAAUGAGAGCUUGGCGGUCUGGGGUCCUGAGGUACCAAAGGCAUUCUUAGAUUAG